UUUGGAAGUGGUGAAGGCAUGCACGUUACUUUUAAAAUUAUUUCGUAAUUUUACGAAAAUAAAAGAAUAUAAAGUAACAAAUCAUGAAAAGAAGUACUGACUGUUAAAAUAAGAUAAUCUUUAGCUUGUAAAUUGUAAGAAUCGGCAAGAAAGUAGUGUUAUCAACCAAGUAUUAAUUAAAAAAAAAAAUGGAAGAAUAUAGCAGAGAACCAUGUCCCUGGCGAAUUGUCGACGAUUGUGGUGGUGCUUUUACAAUGGGGUUGAUUGGAGGCGGUGUAUUUCAAAGUAUCAAAGGUUUUCGUAACGCUCCUUCAGGCAUAAAUAGACGUCUAAUUGGCAGUUUAACAGCCAUAAAGCAAAGGUCGCCUAUAAUAGCAGGUAACUUUGCUGUAUGGGGUGGGAUGUUUUCAACAAUAGAUUGUGCAUUAAUACAUAUUCGGAAAAAAGAAGAUCCAUGGAACUCUAUAAUAAGUGGUGCUGCAACAGGAGGGAUAUUAGCUGCUAGGAAUGGCUUGCCUGCAAUGGCAGGGAGUGCUUUCAUAGGAGGUAUGCUAUUGGCACUUAUUGAAGGUGUUGGGAUUAUGUUUACAAGAUUAUCAGCUGAGCAGUUUCAACCUCAACUACCACCUCUAGAGGACACUUCACAGUUUGGUGUAAACCAGUCAAGUUCAAAUGCGAACAACUACAAUUUCCAGUGAAUACUGGUGAUUAGACUGUGAUUUUCUUCUUUUGACUGAAAGUGUGAGACAGGUUUGUUCUAAAUAUAGUAGUAGUAAAUAAUUUUUAAUUUCUGCACCAUUUUUUAAAUCUUUUUCCUUAAAACUUGUAAGUACUUGGAAAAAUUAAAAAAAAAAAUAGGCUUUGAGACAGCAAAACUAUUCUAGAAAUAUUUUAUGUGCAGAUUACAGUGCAAUGUACUGAACUGAACAGAAAAUUUAACUUCCAACUAAUAAUUCUUUUGCUUCAGAUAUCUGUAAUUAAAUUUGGCUAAAGUUGUGGAACAAUUUUGAUCAUUUUAUCAGAUAAAAACAUUCAUUCCUUAGAAAUUUAAAUUUAUUAUAUUAUUUUUUUAAACCUUUACCAUACAAACUUUUCAAUGUCACUCUCUUAAAGCAAAUUUAAUUUAAAAUCACUAGUAAAAAACUUUGAAUCAGUGAUUUUUCACUGCAGAAAUACACUUCUGGAUCUCUUGAAGUUAAUUUUGUCUAUAAUAACAAGGUAGCCACACAUAGAACGCUAUCUGACAAUUCUGUAUGGGUUUAAUUUAUUUGUUGUAGUAAAAAAAUAAUAGAAAAUGCAGUUUAUUGUAUUAUGAUUUUCUUUAAUUCAAUGACAUUUUUAAACGUAAAA